CAGAGCUUUCCCUUUCCAAAGCUGAGUUUGAGCUCCCACAGCUCCACUUUUGGACAUGGUUUGUUCUGCUUGAAACCCUCAGCUCUUGCUAAAACUUGGCAGAGAUGUGGGCAGGGGAGGAAUGUACAAACCCUUUUGGGGAGGAACUUUUCUCCCUCAUCUCUCCUACUUUUCUUUCCUUCCACCACAUUCUGCCUGGUACUGUAACCGUAGCAUUUUGGGGAGCUGCUGGUCUCUGUGAAAGUGCUAGAAUGUCACUCCAGGUGGUUUUGCUCAGGACACAAAGUGUUGCUGCUGACUCAGGCCUGCCUGUGGUGCAGUGCUGCUACCUGACAAAUUAGUGUGGCUUUGCAGUGCUACCUUCUGUUUUAUCCGUCCCACUCUCUGCUCUUGCCUCCCUUUCUCACUCUUGGUUCAGUCCUUCCCUAUUUCUUCUUCACCCCUGGAUGCUCCAAUGUCCUUUUCUCUGAGCUUUCACAACUCCAUAUAACACAUUUGUUCCUAGGUCUCCUAGUGUAUCCGCAUGGGACCCUGGUUCACUUUCUGUCAUCAGCCUCCCAGAAGAGCUCCCAUCUCCCUGCAGCUCUGGCCAGUGUGGUCAGCCACGCAGAAGGGCGCAGGGUGCCUUUCUCUCAGGUCCCAGCAGGCUGCAGUGCUCCCACACUGUCCGCUGGAGCUGGGGGAGCUCAGCUCCUGCAGUGAGAACUGCAGCAUCCUGUCCCUCCCUGCCCUCACCAGUUCCUUGCAGGCAGGGUUCACAGUGGGAUUACUUAUUGCUAGAUCCCCUCUAACCAGCCAAAGCCCUCAGGAGCUCUCUAGGAGCUCUCACUGCCUGAAUCCUUUGAUUAGGUAUCUGCCAUCCCUUACGAACUGCUCAAUGGUGGGCCUUGGGGCCUCAUUCUCUGUGCUUCAGUGCCUUCUGAUGCUCUUCCCUUGGCUGCAAGGGCUCUGCUCUCCCUUUAUUACCUCCAUGGCCUUAAUCCCUAGGGGAGGAGCAAGAUGGUGUGGAGAGGGAAGACCAAGAGGGUGGCAUGCAUUCACUUCUGAUGCUCUUCUCACCCAGGUGCAGGGACAAAAAGCCAGGAUUGGGUUUAGGCUGUCUGAGUGACCUGGAGGACUGUGCUAAGUAGAGAUGCCAUUAGAGCAGGCGAUGGCAGGACUGUGCUAUCAGCGGGCAGCGGUAAGAUCAGAGCAAAGAGUUUUAUGAAAGGACUGGGUGUGGGCUGUGCUUGGAUAAGAUCUUGUGCUAUCAGUGCUCCAUUCAAGAAACUGAACAAAACCACAUGAAUGACAGUCAAUGGAGAGAAUACAAUUUGGCUAGAGAAAUCCCCCCUCUCCCCCAUUUCUGUCUUUCUGCCUUUCUUGCUCUCUGCUUUGCUUUCCAGAAUGCAGCAAACUGCCUUCCCUCUGCCUGUGCCCACACAGCUUGCAGAGCAACCACCUAAAGGCAGUAGCCAGAGCAUGAGUAAGGAGGGAGAGCAGGACUGUUGUGCUGAGCAAACACACGAGUCCUAGAAAGGAGCUGGGGCUUGCGAGUGGAAAGUUUGAAACCCUGCCAGGAAGUAAGCCUUUUCCCCAUGAGACCAAGUUUCCAUAGUGCUGGGGCUGAUUUCCUGGGCUAAGAACCCGAAGAUCUGUUCAGAGCAUUUCUGAGCUCCCAGGAACCCUCAGUUUAUCACCAGUGUUUCCAGCGUUCAGCACAGCCUUCUGUGACAGACAGAGGGUGAAUGAGCAGUUGGGAAAGGCUCGGUAACUUAUUGUUGUCUCCCUCUGGAACCAGGGACUUCAAAGCCCCACCUUUUAUGUGGCAAAACUAAGGACAAGGGCCAGUGAUCACCCUGUGAUUAAAUGGCAUCAGAAAUCACCUAUGCUGAGGUGAAGUUCAAGAAUGCAUCACCGGCUGCAGUGGGCAAAGUACCUCCUGAGAAGAAGAAGCGUGAGCACCAUCCCCAGAAAUACCCUCUAUGGCUCCCGUGGCUGAUCUCACUGCUGCUCCUCUUGGUGUGCAUUGCCCUUGUUACUGCUCUCCUUGUCGCUCCCUUCUUCCAUAGCGGUGACCAGCCCACAGCCCUGCAGCAGAACUUCAUGGAGUGGCGGUGCAUCUCGGCGUUGCCUCAAGGCAAAGAGCAAGGCUGGACAUGCUGUCCGAAGGGCUGGAAACGCUUUCAAAAAAGCUGCUAUUUUUUCUCAAAUGAUACAAUGCACGGCAUUGAGAGUGAGCAGAACUGCACUGGGAUGGGCUCCCACCUGGUGGUGAUCAACAGUGAAGCAGAGCAGGCUUUCCUCUCUAAGGAGGUUCAACUACCUUUUAGAGGAGAGAAUUACUACAUCGGUCUGAGUGCACAGGAGGUGGGCCAGUGGCACUGGGUGGACGAUACUCCAUUUAAUGCGACGGCAGCGCCCAGAAGAAGAGAGAAACUGCUCCUGGCUGAACCCCUGGGUCUUCCUUGCUUCUGUCCUUGUCAUCAAAACUGCCUUUGUAACGGUCUGCCUUGUUCUUUUCCUUCGUGGAAGCUAUGGCCAGUACAAGACUCUGCUCCAGAAUGCUACAGAGUGGCUCUGCGUCCCCAGCGUAUCUGCAGGCAAAGGAUGUCCUGGCUCGAGAGUGAGCAGAACUGCACUGGGAUGGGCUCCCACCUGGUGGUGAUCAACAGUGAAGCAGAGCAGGAGUUCCUCUUCAACUUGGCGAAAGGAGUAUUUACUAAAGCCUAUGAAACGAAAUACUACAUAGGCUUAAGUGCUUACAAAAAUGGGCAAUGGCAGUGGGUGGAUCAGACUCCAUAUAAGGCGGCAGCCACGUUCUGGAAACCUGGGGAACCCAAUUUACUCUUUGCAGAAAAAUGUGCUGCAAUUCACGUCAAGGGAAACAGAGACUCCAGCACUUACAGUAACUGGAAUAACAUCCUUUGCUUCACAAGUUGCUAUCGAAUUUGUGAACUGGAAGUCAAAUUUGUCUAAGGAAGGAAACUCCAUUUUGAAUGAAGGACCUGAAGGAGUAUCCUUGAGAAAGGGCUGCUCAUGAAAGAGCUGAUGAAAAGCUGGCCUGAGCUCACACAAAUGCUUUAUCUUGCAAUGUAGGAUGAGUUCCCAGCCUGCACCCCUGCAUCUCUUUCCAAGAUGGAGAUCAGUCCUGGAUGAAAUCGCUAAGGCUGCUGUAAAGGACCUACUGUGCCACUUUUCACUCUCCUCCCUCACAGAUGGGUGCCCUGAUCCUCCAGUAUGUUCCUUGACUCCUUGUCCAGUUGAUAUCUCAGUGAUGCAGAAAAGGCCCUCUCUGUUUCAUAAAAGGAUACUGGUCCUACAAAUCACUGGAGUAGAAUUUGAAAGAAGAGCAUUCAGUGGAGUGUGCUUGGCCAGUCCCUGAAGGGAACAAUUAUUCAUGGCUUAUCUUUAAUGUUUCCUUCUUCCUUCAGCAUAUUCUGUGUUGAUAAGUUAAAACAACCAUAUCAAUAAAUGUUAAUUCUGCUCUUUGGA